AAUUAUAUUUAAAAAAUAAUUUCGCCGUCAACCAAACGUGUUAGUGCUGGAAAAGUACACCCGAAGCCGCUGCCCACUUCGUCUUCAUGGCGGGAAACACUUGGCCUGCUGUCCUCACUCUCUCAUCUCUAUGCUAAGCAUCGCCAAUCUUUCCAGUCUCUCCCGUUACUCUAGCAUUUCCCUCGCGAUUUCUUUUCCCCAAAACCCUAGUUUCUUACCACUCCUUUCGAAUCGUUUUCUGUGUAACUGCGUCGGAAUUUCUUCAAUGGCCUCCCCAAAUGUCGUUGUCGAGUACGCGAAGUCGAACCGAUCAUCAUGCAAGAAGUGUUCGAAGGCCAUUUCAGCCAAUGCGCUCAGGUUGGGCUUGAGGAGCAAAGACCCGCGAGGGUUUGACAUGACCAAAUGGCACCACCUCGACUGCUUUCCGCGGGGUUUGGAGUCUAUCACUUCAGUUGAGGCGAUCAAAGGGUUCUCGGCGCUGAAGAGUGAUGAUCAGGAGGCACUAAAAAGGAUGGUGGACGGAUGUUGUGGGCCUCAGGACAAGAUUUCAGAUGGAAACGAAGACAUAGUUGAAGAAAGUGUGGAAAAAUCAAAGAAAUUAAGGAUUCAUAAAUUAGAUGAAAAUGAAGACGAUAUUAAGGAAAAGAAUUCAAAGAAAAAGAUUCAUAAAUUAGAUGAACAUGUAGAUGAAGUUGAGGAAAGUAAUUCAAAGAAAAUCAAGUUGUCUAUACAUAAAGAGGAAGCCAAGCUGGAAAUUGCCUUUUCAGUGUCUGAUAUUAAGAACACGUAUAAGGAUGCUACGCUGUUACCAGAAUGGAAGGCAUUUGAAACUAUUAUUUUUCUCGAACGGGAUGACAAUCUUCAUGAUUCAAGAAAAAUUGCUGCAUUUGACUUUGAUGGUUGUCUUGCGAAAACGUCUGUGAAAAGAAUAGGUCCAGAUGCUUGGUCCCUUAUGUAUCGGUCAAUACCAGACAAGCUGCAGAGCUUGUAUAAUGAUGGCUAUAAGCUGGUAAUCUUUACUAAUGAAUCCAACAUCGAGCGCUGGAAAAAUAAGAGACAAGUAGCCGUGGACUCGAAAAUUGGUCGCCUCAACAAUUUCAUCAAGCAUGUGAAGGUCCCAAUGCAGGUUUUUAUAGCUUGUGGGAUAGGUAAAUCUGCUGGCCAAGCAGAGGAUUGCUUUCGCAAACCCAAACCUGGGAUGUGGCAAAUUAUGGUGAAGCAUUUCAACUCUGGCAUUCCAAUUGAUAUGGAUCAAUCCUUUUAUGUUGGAGAUGCAGCUGGCAGAAAAGACGAUCACAGUGAUGCUGAUAUUGAAUUUGCAAAGGCUGUGGGAUUAAAAUUUUUUGUUCCUGAGGAAUAUUUUGGUGUGUAAAGUUACCUAUUUGAACUAUUGGCUAGGAUGCAGUUUUUUGAAGUGGUCCUAUAUUAUGUACCUUGCUACCCCCUUCUUUGGGGUCGACACAGCUGUUUUUGCAAUGUUUCUGGAAAGAUUCUCUC